AUGCUUAUCCAAUUUGCUCUCAUCGCACUUGCCGUCGGCUUGGCCGGCGCGGUUCCCUCGCUCGUGGUCAAGGGAUCCCAUUUUGUCAACCCAGCCACUGGCAAGGUCUUUCAGAUUGUCGGCAUCGCCUACCAGCCCGGUGGCAGUGCCGGAUACGACCCCUCGACCGGCAAGGACCCCCUCAGCCAUGGCGAUGCCUGCCUACGCGACGCUGCUCUGAUGCAGGCCAUGGGCGUCAACACGAUCCGCGUGUACAACUUGGACCCGGACAUUAACCACGAUGAAUGCGCGAGCAUCUUCAACGCUGCUGGCAUCUACAUGAUCAUUGAUGUGAAUUCUCCCCUCGUCGGUGAGGCCAUCACCUCGUACCAGCCAUGGACGAGCUACUACAUGGCCUACUUGAAUCACACGUUUGCCGUCGUCGAGUCUUUCAGCAACUAUCCCAACACGCUGCUCUACUUCUCGGGCAAUGAGGUGAUUGACAAGCCCGAGUCGGCCACGGACGUUCCGCCGUACCUCCGCGCCAUCACCCGAGACCUCAAGAACUACAUCAAGAACAACGUCAAGCGCCAGAUUCCCGUGGGAUACUCGGCCGCCGACGUCCGCACCGUGCUCUGGGAUACGUGGAAUUAUAUGCAGUGCGCCAUCGACGGCGAGGCCACGGACAUGAGCCGCGCCGACAUCUUUGCCCUCAACUCGUACAGCUGGUGUGGCCCCGAGGCCACGUUCGAGUCCUCGAGCUACAAUGAGCUGACGGACAAGUUCAAGGACUCGUCGGUGCCCGUCUUUUUCAGCGAGUACGGCUGCAACCGGCCGCAGCCGCGCUUGUGGAACGAGACGGUGGCCAUUUAUAGCGACAAGAUGAUGCCUACCUUCUCGGGCGGCGUCGUCUACCAGUGGACCGAGGAGGAAAACAAUUACGGUCUCGUGUCCAUCAAGGACGACAAGCUCAGCAUCAUGGGCGAUUACAAUCGUCUCAAGGCCAAGUGGGCGACGAUUGAUUGGGACACUGUUCAGUCGCAGUCUCCUUCGAAGAAGAACAACGCGCCGCCCGAAUGCGAGGCCAGCCUGAUUGUGGAGAAGGAGUUUGACAAGAACUUUACCCUCCCCGCCGUCCCUGACGAUGCCCAAAAGCUCAUCGACAAAGGCAUCAAGCCCAAGCCGGUGGGCAAGAUUGUCGAUAUAUCCGACUACAAGGUCAAGCUGACAGUUGUCGACUCGGACGGCAAGGAGGUGUCUGACCUCAAGGUUAUCCCCCUCAAGGAUGACGAUUUCAAUUGGGCCGGCAAGAAUCUCAUCGAGAUUAGCAGCGGCAGCAACAGCACGGCGGCAAACGACACGGCGACGACGAGCGACACCGUGACGGACGCCAGCGGCGCCGACCAGAGUACGAAGAUCGAAAAUAGCAAGAGCGGUGACGAAGACUCGGUUGCCAUGUCGCUGCGACCGCUGCUCUGGGUGGCGGCGAUGCUUCCACUGACGGUCAUUCUCAUUGUUUAG